CAAAGGAUACAGAGGACUUUGGAGGGGGAAUUUGGUCUCCAUUGUUCAUCAGCUCACCUUUUUCUGGAUCCAGUUCUUCACCUACAUGGGUUCCAAGGCUCUGUUAAGUAGGUCUCUGCUGUCAUGAAACCCCGCCGGAGCCGCUUUUGUGAGCGGGGGAUUGGCGGCUCUUGCCGCCGUCUCGAUUUCGCAUCCUUUGGAUACCUUGAAAACUCGCGUUGCGAUUCAGACAAGUAAAGAUCACACGGGAAAUCAAUAUGUCGGAGUUGCGAUUUGGGUCAAGUACCAGGCCAGAUGAUUCUAUAUUCACGGCCACACUCGCAUGUGGUACCAUUGCAGGCCUUGCUGCAUCCGCAGUAACGUUUCCACUCGAGGUUGUGCAAAGAAGGAUGCAAAUGGAGGACAUAAAGGGUUUGGAUAGAGCCGGAGGAGGAGGGUUCCGCCGGAUGUUUUGGCAAAUAGUCGAGAAGGAAGGCGUUCGAGGGUUGUACAGAGCCGGCGGCGGCUUCAAACCUCACUGUUUAAUGACAGGGCUUGGUCAUGCAGUUGGCUACAUGGCUUACGAGAUUGCCAAGCAGCCCAUAGUUAUGUGCAGCAGUACCGUGUUCAAUCCCCUCUUGACCUCUUGGGCGGGUAGG